AUGGCAACAAUAAGAGAAUCGGAGGAGAGUGAUGUCGAAUCGGACGUCGCCAAGAUUCUAGACCCAGACGAAUCGUUCAUCGCCAAUCAGACCUUCGAAGACGGAUCUUUUUCUGUUGCCAAGAUUCUAGACCCAGACGAAUCGUUCAUCGCCAAUAAGACCUUCGAAGACGAAUCUUUUGCGGCGAAUGAAUCUUUCAUUGCCAAUGAUUCUUUCAUGGCCAAUCAGACCGGUGAGACCGUUGAAGACAAGUCUUUUGUUGGCAAUGAGACAGUUCAGAACAAAAUCAAGCAGCAGUCCUCUCAAACUCGAAUUUGGAUAAAGCUCAAACCUCCCUGCCCACCAGCGCCGGCGAUCCCAGCUACCUCCAAAAGCAAAAGACCUACGAGGCGAUCAAACAGGAAAAUAUAG